AAAGAACAUAAAAGACGUGACUAAAAAUCGCCAAAGAACCACUCCCUUUCUUUACCAUCUGCAAUGGGUUGAGUGUCGUUGACAUCUAUCAGAGUUCUCCCAUCUAACUCUAGUGUCACCUUUACAAUGUAUUUCUCGCCCCUCAAGGCGCUUGUAUGCCUGGCGUCUUUUGCUGUCGUGUCCACCUCUAUGCCUCUACGCAUAGAGCAGUCUCGUCAUAAUGCAGCAUCGGAUGCGUGGUCUAACCUUCCAUUGAAGGCGUCAAUCCCAGUUGAGCGCAUACACUUUGAGUUCUCUCAGAAUAAAGUAUAUCAGAUGCAUGAAAGUCUGAGAUAUACCCGAACUAGCGACCCCGACGGCUACGACAACGAGCAGCGGCAUUGGAUCGCACUUGCAUCUGAAGGCUUGUCCGAGAUUAAUGGGCCAUGUCUAGAGAAUGAGGUCAACCGUCACCCUCAGUUCAAUGCUUCCGUGACUGUGGACGGCCAUACGUCCAAUGUCCAUUUCAUGGCGUUGUUUUCGCAGCAACCGGAUGCUAUCCCCAUCGUCUUCUUACAUGGAUGGCCUGGGAGUUUCCUUGACUUUACUGAGCUUCUCGAUCUCGUGCGUCAGAAGUAUUCUUCUGAGGAUUGCCCGUUCCAUCUCAUUGUACCAUCUCUGCCCGGGUAUGCCUACUCUGCCGGCUCCCCCAUGAGUAGACAUGCGGAUAUGGUCGCCGUAGCUAGGACCAUUGACGCGUUGCUCACCGACAUUGGUCUGGAUAAUGGUUACAUUGCCCAAGGUGGCGGUGUGGGGGCUUAUGUUGCUAGGCUACUUGGGUCAUCUAGCCCCAGUUGUGAAGCUGUACAUGUCAAUUCCCUCCCUCUUUUCUCCGGGUUACCCGACCCAAGUACCGAUCCAGAUCUUAGUGAGCAAGACCUGGAGAUUCUUAGCCGAGCUUCACAUUUCAAGUCUCUCCAAAAGACGGAUGUCGCGGAUCAUGGAAAACAGGUCACCUUAGGAAUCGUUCCGGAGAAGGACCCAUUGUCAUUGUUAGCCUGGCUUAGUGACAAGUUCAACAAUUGGGUAGAUCCCCAACACCCUUUACCCAUGCAAACAACCUUAAUACACUCUUCGGUCUACUACCUGACGGGGAUGACGACAAGUGAUUAUUACCAACUAUCCAGUCUAGAUGCGCCUGACAACAUGAUACCGUUUGUUCCAAAGUCAAUGGGCUACAGCCGUUUCCCGUUUGAUAUUAGCGGUCUCCCUAGGAAGUGGGCAGCGACGCUGGGUGAUUUGGUAUGGUACAAUUCUCACGUUCAAGGUGGUCAUUUUGCUGCCAUGGAAAAUCCAGAGGAGCUAUGGAACGAUGUCGAACAUUUCGUUCGGACGGUUUUCCCAGAUGACCUUCCCAGAUGACGUUCUUUGAGACUCAGUGUAAAGCGCCAUCUUCCAUGAUGGAUAGUACCACGCUUUGGUUGUUUGCGGCACGAUAGACACCGCUCACUACCAUUCGCAAUGGGUAGUACACAUACCUGUGUUUCGUGACUGCGCAUGGCAUCGCCGAUUGUUCUGAGAAUGCAAACGUGGGGUCCUUGUGGGGGCUGUUGGGCAUAGGCGUAGUCCUAGGGAUCGGGGGCUCGGGAUUGAUGUUAUUACCGGCCGGAGCUAACUGUUGAUCCUAUUC